CGUUAUAUUUUACGGUAGUUAUUCUACUUUACGGCAUAAAUAAACUAAAGUCUGAAAUCAUAAUUUUGUGGACCUCUGUAUGACGUCAUCACUAGACGUGCGACAGCUGAAUCUAUGCGACGGAAGUGUAGUUUGUUGUUUCCGGUAGUGUUCUUUAAACUAAGCAGAAAGAAAAAAAAACUCGGGCUGUUUUUGCAUAAAAUGCUGAAGUGUUGCAUAUCUAGCUGUGGUAAAGACCGUAGCUCCUGCUCCAAACUCAAGUUCUUUCCGAUACCGUCCGGACAUCAAGUCGACCGCUCACGUUUAUGGCGACAAGCGAUUCAACGAGCAAACGGUGAAACAGGGGAACUCAAAGGGAGUGCACACGUUUGUGGCACUCAUUUCCUAUCAGGAACGGCAUCCGAAGACCCUCACAGUCCUGACUUUGUCCCGUCUGUGUUUGCCUCCCCUGAAAUAAUCAACCAGAAUAAAAGAGGAAGAAAAAGAAGAAAAGGCUGUUUUAGAGCCGACGUGAGACAAGAAGAAAUCCAAACUCCACCGCCAGCUAAGAUUCUAGCGGAGGACAAAUCACCCGUGCUGAUGGAAACUGAAACAUCACCACAACCAUCAUCUUCAGAGGAGGCAGAAACGUUGACUCACCUGCCUGAAGCUGAACCUGGAGCUACAGAGAAUCACACAGAAUCACUCUGCCCAAACCAGACGUCGCUGUCAAUUAUUAAAUCAAAGAUAAUUGCAGACAUGAACAAAGUGAGACCUGUAGUUCUACUCAAACGUGUGGUUAUACCACAGGAGAGUUUCCUGUGUGACCUGUGCAAUGAGAACUUCACCAACGAGUCUGAGUUCAACAAACACCAACAGCUCCACGAAGAAAGCGCAGAGUUAAGCGAUGAAACCGGCGCCGUCCAGCACCAGGACGCAGGAACCGACGAGCUGUCCUUCCCAUGUAACAUCUGCGGUCGAUCCUACGCUUCCACCCAUUUACUCAAGCGCCAUAAGCUGCUGCACGUCAGAGAUAACAGGAAGUGCAGCACCUGUGGGGUAAUGUUCUGUCGACGUCACAACCACACGAUUUUCAAUCCAACCGUAGCUGAUGUGGUGCCGAAGACGGAAGAAGAUUCCUCGGCUAGUGAGCCAGAAAUUGAAGAAAGGACUGUAGAGGACGUUCAGCCCGAGGUGUCGGAGCAAAGUCAAACUGACGACUUCAAGGAGAGAGUGCUGAUUGUGACUCCUAUCCAAAUUAUUGCCGUGCCUUCUACCCAACGCCCUGUAUGUCCGACCAAGACUGUUCAGCUGCGACCUCUGAUGCCAAAGGUAGAGAAAGAGCCAAAAGAGCAAAAACAGCCCCAGACGGUGGCGCCCUCACCUUCCUCUCCCGCACCUUUCUCUCAGCCUACAGAGUUCCCAGGCUUCCUCAAAAUGUUUUCACCUCAGUAUCUCACUUCAGCAUUACUUGAUGUGCAAAGAAAUUAUCAGUAUAUUUUUUCUAAAUCAAAACAUGCUGAGACAUCGAGGCAGAAUGUUAAACCCAGACAAAGUGUUCAAGAUGGAAAGGAACUGAUUGCUUAUGAUAUAGAGAUCGAAAUCUGAAAACGAUAAGAAGACCAUAAAAAAAAUCAGUUUUUACCUUUAAACAUCUUUUAAAAUAAACUUUUAGUUUUAGAAAGCUGCUACAAUUAAAACGCAAGGUGAAUAUUUUUUGCCCCAGUUUUAAUGAACUAAGCUGAACUAACAGUGCUGCUAUUUUCAACCAAUUAUAUCUCUUCACCUGUGAUGAUGUCACUUUACCAAAUGUAUUGUAGCUUACAGUAUGUUUUUAUAUAAAUUGUUAAUGGUAAAAACGUUGCUGAAACAGAACCGUGUGCUGUAGUCGUCACUUGAUUUUCUCCUAUGUCACAAGAAAGUACAGAGUCCUGUCUUCUGACCCACAAGUCAGGGUCGGGGUCUUUAGCUCUCUGAAACGGACCACAUUUAGCUUGGCUAAUACAUCAGACCCAAUUGUCCAAAACUAAAUACAUUUUUAAUGUGAAAUCAGAUUUAAAUCAUUUUUUCAGCCAUCUUGCUAAGAGCAAAACAACACUUUACUCUGUCUUUUUCACUCAAGAGUUGCUGGUCAAUUUGUUACGUUGCCUUUCGGUCACUGUGAUUGUAGUGUGUGUCACAUUGAACACGGAAUGAUAUCGUGUUGGAUUUCAGACUUCACUGUAGAAAUUGGUUUCUUGUGUGGUUUUCUUUUCUGUGAUCAAAAAAGUUAAAGAAUAAUAAAUUGUCCACAUCUUUA